UUUCGUGAGUUACUGUAUUGUACUGUGAAUCUUGGGAGGGGGAGCUCCUCAACCCCCCCCCAAAAAACAACAACAACCAAAAAAGCAACAAAAACAAAGAACUCUCCCGCUCCUCUCGUCAUUUACCCCCUCUUCUACAACAGUCUAGAUUAUUUUAUUGGUUAAAAGGCAUAAACAAUUUAUUUGCUUAUUUAUUAUCUUUUUUUUGUUAGUUUAUGGUUAGGGUUUUUUUUACACUCCGGGAGGGCAGAAAUGGCGGCCAACAUGUACCGGGUCGGAGAUUAUGUAUUUUUCGAGAAUUCUUCAAGCAAUCCUUAUCUGAUCCGGAGAAUAGAGGAACUGAAUAAGACAGCGAGCGGCAAUGUGGAGGCGAAGGUGGUCUGCUUCUACAGGAGAAGGGACAUCUCACAGAGCCUCAUCCAGCUGGCGGACAAGCAUGCGAAAGACUUGGAGGAAGAGAAGGAGAGUCCCUCAGAGCCAGAGCUCAGUGAGAAACAGAAACACCAGCUCAGACACAGAGAGCUCUUCCUCUCCCGCCAGUAUGAAUCACUCCCUGCAACUCACAUCAGGGGCAAGUGCAGUGUGGCCCUCCUGAAUGAGACGGAGUCGGUGCUUUCCUAUCUGGACAAAGAGGACACUUUUUUCUACUCACUGGUGUAUGACCCCACACAAAAGACCCUGCUGGCAGACAAGGGGGAGAUCCGUGUUGGGCCCCGUUUUCAGGCUGAUGUCCCAGAUAUGUUACAGGAAGGAGAAGCUGAUGACAGGGACCAGUCCAAGCUGGAGGUGAAGAUCUGGGACCCAGAAUGCCCCCUCACCAACAAGCAGAUAGACCAGUUCCUUGUGGUGGCUCGGGCGGUGGGCACUUUCGCGCGGGCGCUGGACUGCAGCAGCUCCGUCAGGCAGCCCAGCCUUCACAUGAGUGCGGCAGCUGCAUCGCGGGACAUCACUCUGUUCCAUGCCAUGGACACGCUGCAUCGGCACGGCUACGACCUGUCAAGCGCGCUAAGCGUACUGGUGCCACAGGGGGGCCCCGUGCUCUGCAGGGACGAGAUGGAGGAGUGGAGCUCCUCAGAGGCCAACCUCUUCGAGGAGGCUCUGGAAAAAUACGGGAAAGACUUCAAUGACAUCCGGCAAGACUUUCUCCCGUGGAAGUCCCUGACUAGCAUUAUCGAGUAUUACUACAUGUGGAAAACCACGGACAGAUACGUACAGCAGAAGCGACUGAAGGCUGCUGAAGCUGAGAGUAAACUGAAGCAGGUGUACAUCCCCACGUAUAACAAGCCCAACCCCAACCAGAUCUCUGUCAGCAAUGGGAAGAUGGCCACCGUAAACGGCGCACCAGGCCCCGGCGCCUACCACACUGCGGGUGGCGGUCGUGCGUGCGAGAGCUGUUUCGCCAUGCAGUCUCCCCAGUGGUAUUCCUGGGGUCCCCCUAACAUGCAGUGCCGUCUGUGUGUCUCCUGCUGGAUGUACUGGAAGAAGUACGGCGGCCUGAAGAUGCCGAGCAGAACUGAGGGAACGGAGGAGAAGACGCCCCCGAGCCCCACUCCAAACGAGCUGCACUCACGUGCCCACAGCCUGCGCCAGAGCUCCCACAUGGUGCCCAUGAGGAACAGCGGAAGCCCCAAGUCCUCUAUGAAGACCAAGCAGGCCUUCCUGUUGCAGGCUACGCGCCUCACCAAGCUGGCGCGUCACAUGUGCCGUGACCUCAUCAGGCUGCGCCGGGCCGCGCGCCGCCCCUUUGUGCCCAUUAACUGUGGCGCCAUAAAGGCGGAGUAUAUGAUUCGAGCGGCAGAAGGCAUGACAGGGCGAUCUGCAAAGCCCAAACCUUCCCAGAGGAGCACCCUGACCAGCGUCCUGCAGUACCUCGAGUCUCGUCCGGCAGCCCAUGUGCAGCGCUCUCAUCGUACACCUGGCCUGCAAGUGCAGCCGCCACGCCGCCUUCUCUCCUCCCUGCCUAGCCACGGCCCCCUCGGUAUGCUGGGAAAACGCAGUUACCACCACCACAGCAGGGUGGAGUUCACUGAGAGGAGAGGGAAUGUACCAGGUCAAGAAAACCAAGGUCACAUUGUGGGGCCCAUUCUGCAGCACAAUGGGCGGAGCGCGGCCGGGCCCAGCCUACGCUCCAGCAACAUGAUGCUGCGCAAGAGGCGACCCAACUGGAUCGAUGCGCCCGAUGACAGCUUCUUCCUAGUUACCCGGGAGACCAGGAAAACCAGGAGGCUGCUCUCCCGCUCCCAGCUAAGAAGAGCCUGUAGGCAGCCAUGCGAGCAGAUCAACCUGCGUAGGGUUCCCCAGGGUCCUGCACAGGGGCCUGUCCUUAUGCCCCCUCACCCUAGUCUACGGAUGCGAGGCCCCAUCGUUAUUCAUGACUGACAUCAAAUCGUCCUGUUUCAGCUGCCUGCCCCCUUGUCUUUCUCUCUUAAAUCUGUCCCCAACCCUACAAUGCUGGCGACUCCCCCCUCACCAACGGCUCCUUUGCUCUGAGUUUUUGCUUUCUAUUGGGCUAAAGAAACAAUCCUAAAGAACACAAUAAAGCAUAGUUAACUCACACUGUCCACUAAACUCCCACACUCCCUCACUUAGAGCACACCUAGUGCUCACUAGAUCUCAGUUAAGCUUUGCUCUGGCAACUUGUAUAAGCUCUGAUUUGAUAACUUAAUACUUUCUUGCUGUAUGGAGGGUCCUAUAAGGAUGUGGUCAGAUGAUAUGUCCGUAUCGUAUACAAAUCUCUUAUUUCUCAUACUGACCACUCUUGAGUGACUCUUCUGAAAAGUAUUUGUGUGCUCUUUUGUUUGUAAUUUCCACUGGAGCCCCCUUUCCUCUUUUCUUCUGUGAGUAUUAUGACAGUACAGGUUUGUGAACUGUUUUAAACUAUGUCUGAGAGAAGUGAAGGUUUGUUGUACCAGAAAUUACUGGAGGACAGUAUUAAACAUAUAGCAUGGCCCCUAGAAAUUACUGGUUAUCCUCUGACACUAAGCAAUAGUCUUAUCUGUUGGAGACCCUACCAAUUCAAUAGUUAAUUGUAUCCUAAUUUGUACAUCUGGCAAUGUAAAGAGUUUCAGACUGCACUAAUCAGUGGAGGUCAAUUUCACUUUUGUGUCUACUACACACACAUAUAUUCAAGUGCACUGAUUGGUCAGGAAGGAUUAUAAUAUUCAUCUGCAGGUGUUAUCCUAAAAAUGCAAAUGAUGCUUUUAGUCUACUAUUAAUAGCAGUCUAAGACAUCGUUCAUGCAGUCGAAAUGACUGCCUUUUUGAUAUAAGUAAAUCAAGCUAUAUGUGGCUUUCCAGAGAGAAAGUAAGUUUGCAAAAUAUGAAAACCAAGAAAGGCACUGAAAUGUAGCACUUUGGCCAUAAAUGUAAUGCUUCGUUUCCCCAGGCAUUCAUGAAGUUUUAAAACUGACAAAAAUUAAACAUUAAAUUACAAAAAAAAGGAGUCACUCUACAGUUUCCGACUGUUGAUACCGCAUGUGACAGUCACAAUGAUUCGCUACUUUUAGUUUUUAUGCAUCAUACAUUUAUGUUGUGUUUCCUUGUAUGUCACGUGUUAAGUGAAAUAUGCUGAAUAAAAAAAUGAAAUUGUAAGUUAUUG